AAUUUUAUUCUCUCCACCUUCUUUCCAUUCCUAGCAAGGAGCCGGCUUCUGCUCCGGCGUGCGGCUCGGUGGCUGCAAGAGGAGUCCAUCUGGAGCAGGUGAGAAUUGCUGCAGCUCCACGAGCUCCUGAAGCGGAGACUGUGGGAAGUGGAGGGCUUGCGCCUAGCUUCAGGAAGUUUCGGCGCCCGAGCUUAGUGAGUACUUUGAAUUACUUGCAUCUUUUAUCUGUAUCCAUCUAUUUUGCCUGAUUCAUCGAGGAAAGGUGAAAAGUUUUAAGUUUACUUCUGAACAGUUCUGUGUUACAUGAACCAUUAAAAGGAACAUAUAUUGAAGCACUUCUUUUCAGCUAUUCAAGAUACGACCUGUCAGCUGCAAAGAAAAAUACCCCUUACAACUGCCAGAGCAAUACAGGAGCCAUGGCACACUAUCCUACAAGGCUGAAGAGCAGACGAACUUAUUCAUGGGUUGGCAGGCCAUUGUUGGAUCGCAAACUACACUACCAAACCUACAAAGAAAUGAGUGUGACAUUAGAACAUUGUUCAACUGAGAUUCACAUCCAAGUUGGACAGUUUGUGUUGGUUGAAGGGACUGAUAAUGAAAAUCCAUAUGUUGCUAAAUUGAUUGAGCUGUUUGAAGAUGACUUGGACCUUUUUUCCAAGAAACGUGCUCGAGUUCAGUGGUUUAUCCGAUUCUGUGAAGUCCCUGUCUGUAAACAGCAUUUGCUGGGUCGGAAGCCUGCAGAACAGGAGAUAUUCUGGUAUGAUUACCCUGCUUGCGACAGCAACAUUAGUGUCGAGACCAUCAUUGGCUCUGUGCGGGUAAUAGCUUUAGCCCCAGAUGAAGUGAUACCUAUGGAUCUGAAAAAUGAGAAGACACUCUUUGUGAAACUAUCUUGGAAUGAGAAGGAAUUCAGACCACUAUCCCCAGAACUAUUUGCAGAAUUGGAUAAGCUACAAGAAGGCAGUCCUAGAUGCCAGAAGCCCGUGGGAGCCAAGACUAAGAGCAUAGAAAGCCCUUCUCGGACCACAGCAGAGCAUGUGGUCAAAAGGAUUGAAUCAAGGCACUCCACCUCCAAAUCUCACCAAACUCCUACCCAUCCUGUCACCCCAAGGGCAAGGAAGAGGCUAGAGCUUGGCAGUUUCCCUAGGACACCUAACACUAGGAUUUCCCAGCAGACUUUGUGGACCUCUUUGGAUUCUCCCAAAAGAACUAAAUGGGAAAAAGUCUUCUCUGAGACCACGUCACCAUCGAAGAGGUCUCAGCCUGAUGCACUCCAAACCUUGUCUCCAGCUCUGAAAGCCCCAGAGAAAACUAGAGAGAUUCGACGCUCUCGUGCUGAGGAGAACAAGGCGGCUUCACGUGAAUGUCACGUGAUCCUGAGAGCCCGAGUCCCAGCUUUGAAAACCACAGAGAUUAGUGAGAAAACAACACUUACCCCCUCCGAGGGAGGGAAGAGAUCUUUGGUGGCGCCUUUUGUGAUUCUGAAACCAGAAAAGAUCAAAAAGAGCAGCGAGGCAAAAGGACCAGAUGCUCAGGGUGAAGCUACCUCUACUACCCACCGUAUCCGCAGAAAGAGUUCUCUCUUGACUUUGAAUCGGAUUAGACAACAGCUUCGGUUUUUAGAUAAUGGUGAAAGUGACCAAGAAGAUGGAGAGUUUCUGCUGGCAGCGGAGGUUUCAUACUCUAGUAAUGAGGAGGAAGAGGCUUACACGCCUCCGCUUCCAAGGAGAAUACCAUGUCGUGUGUCCAGGAACCUACGCUCUUCUGUGAAAUCGUCCUUACAGACCCCCUCCACGAUACCAAAGAAAACUCCCAAGCCUAGAAUGCCAUGUCAUGCCACUCCCCAGAUCCGCAGCCGAAACCUGGCUGCCCAAGAGCCGUCCAACAUGUUGGAGGAGGCCCGGCUGAGGCUGCAUGUUUCUGCGGUACCUGAGUCUCUUCCCUGUCGGGAACAGGAAUUCCAAGAUAUCUACAACUUUGUGGAAAGCAAACUCCUCGAUCAUACUGGAGGGUGCAUGUACAUCUCCGGGGUCCCUGGGACAGGGAAGACCGCCACUGUGCAUGAGGUGAUACACUGCCUUCAGCAGGCAGUGCAAGCAAACGAUGUUCCUCCCUUUCAAUACGUUGAAGUCAACGGCAUGAAGCUGACGGAGCCUCACCAAGUCUACGUGCAAAUCCUGCAGAAGCUGACAGGCCAAAAGGCAACAGCUAACCAUGCAGCAAAACUGCUGGUGAAGCGAUUUUGCACCCAAGGGUCCUCUCCGGAAACCACUGUGCUGCUUGUGGAUGAGCUCGACCUUCUGUGGACUAAGAAACAAGACGUGAUGUACAAUCUGUUUGACUGGCCCACUCACAAGGGGGCCCGGCUUGUGGUCCUGGCCAUCGCCAACACCAUGGACCUGCCAGAACGCAUCAUGAUGAACCGGGUGUCCAGCCGACUGGGUCUCACCAGGAUGUCCUUCCAGCCCUAUACUCACAGCCAGCUGCAGCAGAUCCUCGUGUCUCGACUGAAACAUUUAAAGGCCUUUGAGGAUGAUGCCAUCCAGUUGGUAGCCAGGAAGGUAGCAGCUCUCUCUGGAGAUGCACGACGCUGCCUGGACAUUUGUAGGCGUGCCACAGAGAUCUGUGAGUUCUCCUGCAAGAAGCCUGGCUCCCCUGGCCUGGUCACCGUAGCCCACUUACUGGAAGCAGUAGAUGAAAUGUUUUCAUCGUCAUAUAUUACUGCCAUCAAAAAUUCCUCUGUUCUGGAACAGAGCUUCUUGAGAGCCAUCCUUGCAGAGUUCCAUCGAUCAGGACUGGAGGAAGCAACAUUUCAGCAGGUAUACAGGCAGCACGUGGCACUGUGCAGGAUGGAGGGACUCCCGUACCCCACCAUGUCAGAGACCAUGGCAGUGUGCUCUCAUCUGGGCUCCUGCCGCCUCCUCCUCGUGGAGCCCAGCAGGAACGACCUGCUUCUUCGUGUGCGGCUCAAUGUCAGCCAGAAUGAUGUGUUGUAUGCACUGAAAAAAAGUGAAGGGCCUCAGAAGCCAGGAGUGUGAGCUGCGGUUUUUAAAGAGCCUGAUUUCCUUUUUCUAAACACAUGGAAUUGUUGCAGCAAAUCAAAUUAAAUGGAAAUGGCUAUCACGUAGUUUGGAAUUUUCCAUUAAAUAAUUUGCUUUUUUGUAAAACGUGUGGGAAAUUUAUAGCCAUUAUGAAUAUCAGAUUAUAAAACCAAACCAUCCUUCCUACAAUGGGCCCUCCCUCUGACUUUUAUUUCUGUUAGUAGCCCUAUCAUUUAUUUAAUGGUAACACACCAUGUAUACAAAUACCUGCAUACUCUUACUUGUAUUGAUACAAAAUAGUUCUGGGAGAAUAUGUAAGAAAUUGGUUAGAUUGGUUGCCUCUGGGAAAGAAUUGGAUAGCUGUGAUCAGGGGCUA